AUGGCAGUAAUAAAAAUUAAAAAAGAUAUCAAUGGUGAAUUGAAAGUGGGAACUAACAACGAUACUAAGAACACUGAUACAACUAAUUCAAAGAAAAUUAAAUUUAAAGUUAAAUUACCACAAAACACAUCACCAAAUGAGUUUAGUCCAUCUAAAAAAAGGAAAAUAUCAAAUACAAUGACAGCAUCCACAUCGCCUGGGUCAGGAUUGAAAGUGAAAAUUAAAAAAAGUGAUCCCAGUACCAAUAUAGAAGAUACUUUGAAUAAUAGUAAUCUCACAACAACAACAACAACAACAACAACAACAACAAGCAUGUUAUCCAAUACAUCUUCAUUAGCUAUUAAACCUAGGGGCAUGAGUUUUAGCAUUAAUAAGCCGAAAAUCAGAGUCAAACCAGUGCGAAUACCUGGUCAAGGGUAUGAUAGUGAGGACGAUGAUAUUGAAGAUGACCCAUUGCUUGAAGAAGGUAUUAUAUUUAGGAUCCAACCAGGAAUAGAUGGUCCUUUAACUAGUGAUUUAAUCAGAAAUUGUAUAGAAAUGGGGGAUUAUUCCAACAUUAUCAUGGAAUGGGUUGAUGACAGAUAUGCAAUUUUAAAAGUAUUAAUAGAUAACACAUUAGAAAAUGCACAUAUGUAUGGAUGUAUAUUAGUGGAUUUGCCAACAAUAACUGAGUGUAAUAAAAGCGUCGAUAGGGGGAAAACAUUGUUGAAAACUUUUGAUAUAUGUCAAAUGCUAAUAUGUUAUGCGAAGAUAAAAGAUGAAUCUGAUGUUUAUCAGUUAAAACUUGAUGAUGUAGAGGAUAUAGUUUUAAAGCACUUUGAAGAUUACUCAGAUGAAAUAAUAAGUUUUAAAAAAAGGAAACAGCAACAGCAACAGGAACAAAACAAAAAAAGGAAAAUGACGCUCAGUAACCUACAACCACCCCCGAACUCUGCUUCAACGGACACUAAUCCCAAAUCCGUAGCAAUGCAAAUUAAUUCAUCCUCUGUGCCCUCAAACUUUGCCUAUCAAUACAAGCACGGAAUAACACCACCGUUAUUUAAUGUUCGAAAUAGAAGAUUUAGGAGGAAAGUAGCACCAGAAGAAAUAGAUUAUGUGGAACAGUACGUGGAAAUGUUACUAAAAAAUGACAUGGAAGCUGAGGAAUUUAAUUAUGAGCUUGUAGAUGAAAGUGAAGCCACUGCAGUGUCUGGAAGAAGGAAUGCUAAUGGUAUAACAGAUGAUUUCAAUAAUUUUGCUGCUACUUCUAUCACAACCCAGGUUAAGACAGAUGGAGGUAUUAGUAAGGAAGAAACUGGCAAGAAACAGGAGCACUAUGACAAUGAUGAUGAAGCUAGUAUAGAUUUGGAAUUAGAGUUGGAACAAGCUUUACAAAGCGAGGAUGAAACGGAAAAGGGAAAAAAUAAUGAGGACGAACAGAACGCAGAUGAAGCAGUUGAUGCUGCUGAUGAUGAUGAUAAUAUGGUGGAGGUAGUUGAACAGGACAAUGGAGAUGAUGAUGAAGAUGAUGAUGAUGACGAUGACGAUGACUACGACGAUGAUGAUGAUGAUGAUGACGAUGAUCAAGAUAACGAUGAAUAUGGUGGUAAAAACCAAGAAGUUAACGAAAAAAAGCAACAUUUGGAGUUGUUAAGAGAUGAAUUAAAGGAACUAGAAUCAACUUUAAAACAUACCAAAGAAAAGGCAUCUAAAGCUACAAAUCCAUUGAUGAAAUCUAGAUUUAUCGAUAAUUUGAAAAAAUUGGAAAAAGAGGUAGAAAUCAAGCAAAAACAAUUGAAAAUUGGACAAGCUGAAUUAGCAAGUACUAAGAGCAAGUCAUCUGGUGUAACUUAUAAUGAACAGGAUGGUACUAAUGAUAAUAAGAAGAAUAUUAAUGUGCAAGAAAAUCAAAAUAAAGAGAGUGUUGAUGAUGCUGAUGAAUAUAGUGAAGAAGAAGAAGAAGAAGAAGAAGAAGAAGAAGAAGACGACGACGACGACGAUGAUGAUGAUGAUAAUGAUGAUGAUGGCAUUGACCCAAUGGACAGUAAUAUACAACAAAGGAUUGUUGAAGAAGAAGAUGAUGAUAAUGUAGAUGACAACGAGGAAGAUGAUGAGACGGCUGAAAAUGAAGAAGAUGGUGGUGGUGUUGAAAACGAUGGCGAUGUAGAAAAAGAAAAUGAUACUGCCCUUGAUAGCGAUGACGGCGACGAAAGUGUUGAUAAUGAUGAGCACGAGGGUCAGAGUGAUGAUAACAAACAAGAGCCUGAAGAAAGUGAAUUGGAUCAAGAAGAUAUGGACAUGAUGAUGUUAUUUGGUGCUGAAGAUGGUGGCGAUUAA